UAUAUGAAAAUUUUGUACAAAUAAAUAAAUAAUGAUUAUUCUUCGUCUUGUUUAAUAAAGUUUGAACGCAUUUGAGUAAAUACAGCGUAGGCUUUUGAUAUGUUCUCUUGUUCGAACUCUGGCAAAACCUUGUAGCCCUCCUCUUGAAGGAUCACACGCAUACGUUCUAACUCCCCAACCAUUUGUUGUCUGUUAAGGCCAGCGCCAAAGAGAUUCCUUGAUGAUAGCUUAAGUUGUUUUCUACGUCUAUCUGAUUGCUCGAUUGUUUCAUUAUCACUUGAGCAGAGUUGGCAUGCACAACUGAAGCCAAAUGUUGUCUGCAAUUUCGCUUUCCUUUCUUCAGUUGAAAGAGUAAUCAUCUGUGGGAGAUACUCUAUUGAGAUGUCUUCACCUUUAUGUAUAUCGCGCAUAGCAAAAAUCUCCAUUCGAAGACGAGUCCAAUCGAGUGCGUGACCGCAACUUGGUAAACAUGAGUGAUUUAUCCUACUAAUAUUAGGAAAUAAGAAGCUAGCACGUGUUGGUUGAGGUGGUAAUUUUCCAUGAAAUGAUAAAGGAAUACCUGGAAGUUCCAAAUCGAAACCAUUAGCUGAACGUAUACGAGCUGAUUCAUCUGUAUUAUCCUUCUCUUCAGCUUCUAUAGCAAGCUUAUCAGACCGUUUAGACAAAUUAAACAGAGUUUGACGUGCUGAAGGUGUCAAUUGAUCUGUCCAAUGUCUUAAUUGUUCCGGAGACAUUCCCUCCUCCCAUAUGAGUAAAGGUAAUUCAGAAAUAAGCAAUUCACCCCUCUUUAUAUCCCUAGAGGCCCUUACAGCUAUUCCUGCGCUCUUUGUCUAGUGGAGGCAGUCAACAUUCCAAACUUUCGGGUGGCCUCGGAGGAGAAGAGCACACUCACAUCGUAGAGUUCAAGUGGAGGGUCAGCAACAAUAUGGUCCAUGUUAUCGCAGUUUUCGUUAUUAUUUGUAGCAGCUAACAAGAGUGCGACCAUAUAGGGAAUUAAACUUGGUACGAUAUGUGGUGUAGUUGAAGACCCCACUAAUUGAGUAGAUGCAGCGUUAAAGAAGAAUGUACGCUUAUUACUGUAACUAAAUUGCUUCCUAUUGACGCCUCUUAAAAAGCUCCGAAAGUACAUCGUCGCUUACCAAGAACAUCUCUUUUCUAUCAACAUCCAUGUCAUCAAAACAAUUCAUCUGCGAGAUUUGUGGUACGAGCUACUCGAGAGCUGAAUUCUUACGUAGACACGCAAGAUCUGCUCAUCAAAAGGAAGCUGGUAAAACGUUCCAUUGCACACACUGCAAUAAAUCAUUUGCUAGAAGUGACGUUCUCAAUCGCCAUAGGCGGAGGUGUCAUCCAGAUGGAAACGCAACAACCCCAAGUAAAAGCAGUUCAACUAGUAGAACAAGGGGUAGCUCAUCAGAUGCCUCAGCUAGUUCGCCAAGUGAUAGCGAGUAUGUACACAAGUUACCACCAAAACCUACAACUUCUUAUCAACCAUCGAAUACUUUCCCUGAUUUGUCAAAUCUCAAUGGCACACAGAAUUUCAGCAUUUUUGACAGUAUCGGUAGUUUACUUGGUAAUGAUGAUAGCCAAGUUACAAGUAUACCAACCGACUUCGAUUAUCCUUCUAUUGGUCCAGAUUUAAAUUAUACCGCCGAUAUCUACUCCGAAACACCAACCGAUAACGCACUCAGUUUGAAUUUCAAUCAGCAAGCACCAGUUGAUAUAAACGCGGUACAACCUUACAAUUUCGAUGUACUUGGUCCUGAAAAAACAAUACGAAGAAUUGAGUAUGAUACUGUUAGUCAAGGUUUCGGUUUACCACUCAAUCCAUCACAUAAUGAAAUUUCUGAUAGAUUCUAUCUACCUGCUGAAAGAUUCGCAGGUCCUUACAGUAUCGCUCAUUGGAACUUACCUCCUUUACAUCAACUAUCAAAGUUAUGCUCAAAUGCACUCCAAACUACCAACGUACAUUUACCUUUAAUUCACAUGCCUUCUUUCAAAUUAUCGGAGACUAGCGUUUGUGUAGCAUUCGCUUUAUGUAGUACAGGUGGAAACACUCCAAAAACAUUGAAAGCUAAAAAUCAAUCUAUCGAUCAUCUCUCCGAUGCAGAGUUAAAUAAUAAACCUGGUAAAAGUGCAGCUGAACAAACUGGCAUCGUUAAAGAAGUUGUCAGACAUGAAAAGAUUGCUAUGAUUCAUGGUAGUUUGUCAAACAGAUCAAGUAAAACUGCUCAAUCUGAUCUCAUCGGUUUGGUUAUGGCUUUGUUAAUCUACUAUGCUCCGGUUAUCCUUGAGGAAGACUCAAGUAGUAAUAUUUGGAAUGGUAUAAAUGGAGGCUUUGCUUUCAUUUGUGAGGCAGCGAGAAAUGCAGGCAUGUUACAUCCAAAUUCAGCAUGGGUCAAUCCAAACAAACCGAAGCUUUCUUACAUGGGCGAGCGUUCAAAAGCUUCAAUAUACCUUGCUUGGAAGAGUUGGAUUAAUGACGAACAAAAACGUAGAGCGAUUUUCAUAAUAUACCUUACAGAUCUUGUUAAUUCAAUAGCAACCAACAAAAAGCCAACAUUAAGAAUCGAUGAGAUUGACCAUGUACCUUUACCUGCUAAUGAUAAACUUUGGAUGGCACCAAAUGCUCAGAGCUGGGCAAAAUUAAUUGAUACAACACCAAGAACGCCCACACAUGGUGAAAUAAUGGCGGUACUCUUUAAUCAAGGUGAUGAUAAUUAUUUCGGACAAGCUUUAGGUCCAUUUGCGAGAAAUGUUAUCAUUUGUUCAAUAGUAAGAGGUUUACUUGAAAUCGGUGAAGAAAAUGGUGGUAGCCUUGGAUCUAAAUAUAUGAAUGGUUACUCUGAAGGCUCAGCUAUUUAUGCUUUCAGAACAUCACUCAUAAAUUGGAGAAAAGGUUAUGACUUUGAUUUACUCUGUCAGAAGCAAAAGACAUACGUUGAUCAAGUCUCACAACAACAACAACAACAGCAACAACAACAGUAUCAGCAUCAAUCAAAUUCUGUAAUUUACUCAAAUCAAAGUUCAUCCAGUCGGAAUUAUAGUGAUUCAAAUAAUAAUAGCUUUGACUUUAGUGGUUCCACAACACCUUCCGAUAGUCCACCAACUAGUUACGAACCAUCACCAACUAAGGAUUUCUUAGACUAUGGUACUACUACCACGCCAAAGGAUAGUAAACCACCAUAUGUUAGUGAACCACUUCCAUUCUUCUGGUUAGCACAACUGUUGUUGAAUAUUUUAUCACCAGAGACCUCACUUUUCUUUAAUUUUGUUACACCUCCACAACAACAGUAUUCUGCGAAUGUUCCACGUCCAGGUAGACGAGGUUUUAGUGACAAGAUUAAGGGUAUGGAUUUAAGAGGUAUGCUCACAGCUUCAAGGACAUUUGCAAGAAUGCAAGAAGGCCUCAGUGGUUUAUCUGAACAAUACUGGUAGCUGGACUAUCUCAACUAUGUGCAUGAAUGUAUAUAUGAUAUUACGAACGUAUUUUUUAGUAAUCAACACAUGUUUUCUAGCAUUUAUCCAAUACAUACACGGAUUGAUUUUUUUAUAUCUUCUACCUUUCGGUUCCCGUUAAUU